AGUCCGUGGGCGCCGUAUAAAACUGCGUCCAAGCGGUUUCCGCGGUCCAGUGUUGAUGCUGGCCGUCUCUCUGUCUCGGUGUCUUAUCGUCUAGUGCAUCUUAGUAUAUAUACAUUUAUAGCAGGACAGUCAAUCGAAAACUCGGGUAUAUUUGAGUAACCAGUGUUUCGCAUUAGGUUACACAUAUGCUGUGCUUUAAACGGUGACUUGUGCACUGUUACCGUUAUAUAUACGCUAAUGCUGUAUGUAAGAGUUUAUACCUAAGCGACCAGUCAUUCGAAAAAGCUACAAGAUGCGCUCCGAUGGGGUCGUGGCGUUGGUCGUCUUCUUCGCGGCGAUGGCCACGUUCUCCGUGAUGGCUGUUACGCCCGACGAAGGUUUAUCAAAGAGUCUUAAAGAAGCGCUGAACGAAGACGAAUUUGCGAUUGUGGUAAAACACGUGAAGCCCAGAAAAAAACAAACCGAUCGACUGGAAACGCUUCUGAGGGCAGACUUUUCAAAAACAAAGGAACAGUUUGUUUUAAAACUCGACAGACUCGAAAAACGAAUUAUAUUGGAAACCACGGAAAAUGGUCAUACGCAUUUUGACACUUUUCUGGUUGAAAGCCUGGACGAGUCGACGCCAAUUAAAAAUUUGAUUCUCCACGUACGUCAAGAGCCACGUCACUCACUAGUCGAUCUAUAUGUGGACUGUGUGUACCAGGGUGAAAUCCGUACAAAGAGGAGUUUCCACAAAAUAACCGAAGACGCCGCGACAUUACAUCUGGAAGUGUACAAAGAAAGAAAGUAUCACACGAAGAUAUAUAAGACGUCGGGAAUAGACGCCAUUUUACGGCAAGAGAAUUGCCCUUUGGACCUUUUGGAUUUCGACGAAAUGCAAGCCUUUCAGCCGUCACUGUCAAAUAAUAAUGAAAUAUCGAGACGCGGUGACAUGGGAAUAUUACACGAUCUGGAUGAUCAAAUUUGCUUAACGGAAAUCAUCAAGAAUACAAUCAAUGAAUUGAUAGCAGCUAUUCGAAAUUUGCAGAAUGAAGUUAAAUCAAAUAGAUUGGAAACGCAACAUCUUCGACAGCUCAUUGAGAAUUGUGUCGCAUGCAAGCCAGGGAACGAACCACCACAGAUCUCAUGCACGGUUAACUCACCAUGCUAUCCUGGAGCUCAAUGUCGUGACACCUCACGUGGUCCGGAAUGUGGCUUAUGUCCACGUGGCUUAGUAGGAGAUGGACGCACCUGCAGACCAGGUAUCACCUGCGCAGAUCAACCCUGUUUUCGAGCAGAAAUGUGUCACGAUACCUAUAACGGAUAUAGAUGUGAUCCGUGUCCCGAGGGAUACGUCGGUAACGGGGAGACGUGUACCAUGCGCCCAAAUGGAUGUGAAUCCAAUCCUUGCUAUCCGGCAGCAGAGUGUAUACCUACGAAUAAUUACCCCUUUUACGAAUGUGGUCCAUGCAGCGAAGGUUAUACCAAAAAUGGAACCACCUGUCAAGAUAUAAAUGAAUGUGAGGUAGCAAGACCAUGCGAUCAUCGAGUACGUUGUAUGAAUUUGGUACCUGGAUACAGAUGCGAUGCUUGUCCAGUUGGGUUUACCGGAAAUAGGGUCCAGGGUAUCGGACUAGCUGAAGCCAGAAGAUAUCGACAAACUUGUAUCGACAUCGAUGAAUGUGCAGACGGUAGAAAUGGUGGUUGCGUACCGAACUCGGACUGCAUCAAUACCGAAGGUUCUUAUACAUGCGGUCCGUGUAAAAGAGGUUUCGUGGGAAAUCAGGAAUCUGGAUGCAUAGCCGAUAAAGAUCUGUGCCCUGAUGGUAUAACAUCAUGCGAUGAACAUGCAGAUUGCAUCGAUACUGGAUGCAAUCAGUAUUCGUGCAAGUGUCAAUCCGGAUGGGCGGGCGAUGGCAUUAUUUGCGGACUAGACUCUGACAUCGAUGGAUAUCCUGAUUUAGACUUGUAUUGCGAUGACCGUCAUUGUCGUGCUGAUAACUGCAAGAUUAUUCCAAAUAGUGGUCAAGAGGAUGCCGAUGAAGACCGCAUAGGAGACGCUUGUGACGAUGAUGCCGACAACGAUGGCGUUUUAAACGAAGCUGACAAUUGUCCGUUGAAAUAUAAUCCUGAUCAGAAGGAUUCCGACCGUGGUGGCGGUGACAUGCACGGUGACGCUUGCGACAAUUGUCCCACUAUCAGGAAUGACGAUCAAAAAGAUAUUGACGGAGACGGUUAUGGAGACGCUUGCGACAACGAUAUGGACAAUGACGGCGUUAUCAAUCAAUUGGAUAAUUGUCCCCAUAAGGAAAACAAGGAUCAAGGUGAUCGGGAUGGUGACGGCAUUGGUGACGUUUGCGAUAAUUGUCCCGAUGUAUGGAAUCUCCAUCAAGUCGAUGCAGACAGUGAUAACGUCGGUGAUACCUGUGACAAUAACAUUGAUACAGAUCGAGAUGGUAUUCAAGACAAUAUGGAUAACUGUCCCAGAAUACCAAAUUCCGAGCAAACUGAUACUGAUCGCGAUGGCAAAGGCAAUGCCUGCGACAAUGAUGCUGAUGGUGAUGGAAUUGACAACUAUUUGGACAAUUGUCCAUUCGUUUAUAAUCCUAAUCAAGAGGAUCUUAACAAUGACAAAAUAGGGGAUGCCUGCUGGAACGAUAACGAUGGCGAUGAUAUAUUAAAUAAAUAUGAUCCUUGUCCAAAUAACAGUCUUAUAUGGGCAACGGAUUUCCGUGAAUAUUUGACUAUAAAUUUGGACCCAGAAGGAAAAGCUCAAAUCGAUCCUGAGUGGAAGAUCUUGAGUAACGGUUCUGAAAUUCUUCAAUCCAAGAACAGUGAUCCCGGCAUAGCAGUUGGUUAUCACAGAUUCGGCGGCGUCGACUUCGAAGGAACAUUCUACAUCGACACGGAUAUCGAUGAUGACUAUGUAGGCUUCAUUUUCUCUUAUCAGAAUAACCGCAAAUUCUACACAGUAAUGUGGAAAAAGAAGUCGCAAACUUAUUGGCAACCAACGCCAUUCCGCGCAUUUGCCGAGCCCGGUAUUCAAAUAAAAUUAGUUGACUCAGAGACUGGCCCAGGAGAGAUACUGAGAAACAGUCUCUGGCAUACUGGUAAUACCACAAACCAAGUUAAGCUUCUCUGGAAGGAUCCGAUGAACGAGGGAUGGAAAGAGAAGACAUCUUACAGAUGGCAAUUGUUGCACAGACCACAGAUCGGUUUGAUGAGAUUGCGAAUUUUUGAUGGACUCCAAAUGAUCACGGAUUCUGGAAAUAUAUUCGACUCGACAUUAAAGGGCGGACGUCUUGGUGUCUUCUGUUUUUCCCAAGAAGAUAUAAUCUGGUCCGAUUUGGUUUACAGAUGUAACGAGAAUGUUCCCCAGAUUGUGUAUCGUGAAUUGCCACAAUCGCUUCGAAAGAAAGUUAGCAUAGAUCGGAGCAAAAUUCGCUCGACAUAGGCAACUCCAUCGAACAAAGAAUAAAUAAUCUUCGAUGACUUUUACCAGAGAAAAUUAAACCAAUAACUUUAAUCACACGUUACGACUUUGCAGUGAUUUGAUUUGUUUUUAUAGGCUGAACGACAAAUUCGAACUUUAUGCACGAUAAUAUUCAACAUUUUAAAAAGUAAAUGAUGUGUCUCUAAUUUAGUCAAUCAUAACUUCCUACAAAGUGACAAGGAUGCACACUUCAGAUUUAAGAGAACUUUGCAAGAAGUAGUGCGACAAUAUUUUCGAAAUCUUUCGAAGGCAUGCACUCGCGUACAAUAUUUGUCGAAAGGAUGAUAGAUAACCAUAGUUAACUGAACAAACAAAUAUUUUUCUAAUAAAUAGAAUAUACUAAAAAACAUGCGAAUAUGUAAAUCAAAAUAAAUGAACCAUCAUAAAAGGUAUCCUUUGAGUACAAGUGUAAACCAAAGUCACCAGCCAGCUAAUCUGCGGCCUGCCCACUGCGAUUAACUAAUUCAUACGAUGAAUUUCUUCAUUUCCUGAACGUCGUCGAACGUGAUUUUAAUUAUUUUAAUACAAAUACAAUAAAAUGACUCAAACUUACGAUAUACACAAGGCGAUCUAUCGAAGCAAUGCGUUUCGUGCUUUACCCACAGAUUUAACAAACUGUACUUUUACCUUUUUUUAAGUUUCAGUACGCUUUAUUCGGCGAGUAAUAAAUUGCGUAAAAUAAAAUAAAAAUUGUGAAAAGACAUUUUCCUACGAGAUAAA